AUGCAGCAGCACAUAGCGAGCUCCUCUUUGCUCCUCGUUGUAUUAGCAAUCACUUUGAUAUAUGCUCUUGGUGUUGUGUUCUACCGGCUCUUCUACCACCCUCUAGCCAAAUUUCCUGGGCCGAGAAUCGCUGCUGCUACCUAUCUGUACGAAAUCGCUUUUGAUUAUUUCGGUCAUGGAGCGUACUUGUUUGAGAUCGAACGCAUGCAUGAGAAAUAUGGACCUGUUGUGCGUGUGAACCCAAAAGAGCUCUCGAUUAAGGAUGGAGAGUUCUACGACAAGGUCUACGUCAAUGGAAACGUCCGACGCACAGAGGCAUUGCCCAGCUUCGGCGAUGGAAUGGAUUUCAACCAUAGCCAUGGAAUGACGGUAGACCACCAUCACCACAGGAUGCGACGCAAGCCUCUCGAACCCUUUUUCUCUAGAGCCGGAGUCGCACGAUUCGAGCCGAACCUUGCGUCUGUUGUAAUGACGUUGGUGCAUCGACUUCGUGGCUGGGAGGGUACAGGUACCGUGCUGCGGCUUGACCAUGCUUUUGCUGCUCUUGCUGGAGACAUCAUCAGCACGAUGUGCAUCGAAAGUCCGAGCAUGUCCUUUCUGGAGGAUAGAGAUUUUGCCCCGGAUUGGUACAAUCUCUUCCAUACGCUUAUCACGUCCAUGCCGAUUUUCAUGAACUUUCCGUGGAUCAUCAAGGCCGUUCGACUUAUCCCAACCUCCAUUCUGAAGCGCGUUGACCCGCGUAGCCAGAUGUUCCGCGACUGGCGUGAUAUGUCAGUAGCUGAGAUCGAGAAGUCGCUUCGUCGGAAAGCUAAUAAGGAGGUCUCAACGUACCAGCGGGGAACACUCAAGGCGCCAACGUUAUUUGAUCAUCUCGUAAAUAGUGAUCUGCCGAGUAGCGAGAUGUCGGUGGAGCGUCUUGCCUCGGAAGCUCAAGUUAUCUUGGGUGCGGGAACAGUCACGACAGCUCAGAGCAUGAGUCACCUAGUUGUCAAUAUCCUUCUCCGGCCAGAGGUAGAGAACCGACUGCGUGAAGAGCUUGCUACUCUGAUGAAGCAUUUGGGCGAGGCUCGCCUCCCUGAGGCCCGAGAACUGGAAAAACUGCCAUAUCUGCAGGCUUGCAUCAAAGAGGGACUGCGUCUCAGCCAUGGCUUGAUGCAUCGACUGCCACGGAUUGCGCCAGAUGUGGCAUUGGAUUGCAAUGGCUGGAUAAUUCCACCUGGAACACCAGUGGGAAUGUCCGCUUAUCUCAUGCAUAUGGACGAUUCCGUGUAUUCGAACCCCAAGGAGUUCGUGCCAGAGCGUUGGCUGGGAGAACCUGACCCAAAAAUGGAGAGAAAUUACGUGCCUUUCUCGAGGGGAUCUCGUAGAUGUCUCGCUCCCAAUCUGGCGUACGCCGAGAUUUCAAUGGUGAUGGCUGCGCUGUUCAGUCCAUGGAGUCCGAAGAUCAGGCUCUACGAGACAAAUGCUUCAGACGUUGACCCGGUUUGCGCGUUUCUGUUGCCUCUGCCCCGUUUGGACAGUAAAGGUGUACGAGUAAUCGUCGAAGAGAGCAAGGACAAUUCAAAAUAG